UUGACUUAUCCCCAACAGUCAUCGGUUGGUGUUUCUUGUUUCCAAGCCAAUUUUUAGGGUUCCUAUUCAAUUCAAUCCAUCUCUUUUAUAAGGGUCUUUUGUUGGUCUCUGAAAAGUGUCCAAGAAAUAGAAAUAGGAGAACUUGCAGUAAUGGUGAAGUGGGAGCUCUCAGCAGCAGCAAUGGCUAUUCUGUCGAUGGUUUUAAAUUUUGCCAACUGUGAGGAUUAUCCGAGUCCCUUCAACUGUCCAGACAUGGGAAAUUACACAACCGACAGCACAUACCUCGCCAAUCUGAACGCCACACUCUCCUCUCUCUCCUCAAACGCCUCCCAGUACGGCUUCUACAGCGCCGCCGUCGGUCAGGGCGACGACAGGGCACACGCCGUCGCGCUCUGCAGAGCCGACGUACUACCCGACGAUUGCCGCGGCUGCGUGCAGAUGGCGGCCGUCGGAGUACUGCAAUCGUGCUGGUAUCGGAAGCAAGGGAUUAGGUGGUUUGAAUUUUGUACAGUACACUAUUCGAACCUACCUAUAAGGGGAACUCCGAUGGACGGUAUCGGAGAAGGCUUAAUCGGAGAAGAUACGGCGACGAAUCCCGUCCAGUUCCGGCAGGAUCGGACGGCGCUGCUCGAUUUGCUCCGUCGGCAGGCUGCGAACGGGAGCUCCCUUAAAGUUGGAGCCGGGAGCUCCAAUACGGUGGAUUCCGAUGUACUGUACGCUCUGGUGCAGUGUUUUCCGACCUUGUCCGCCAUGGAAUGCCAAGAAUGCUUGAUUCAGGCGAGUCAGGAUUUGCCUAGAGUUUUAAAUAGGGGAUCGGAAAUGAAAUCGAGCUGUACUGUUCGUUACAGCGUCGAUCUCUUCUACAAUGAGACGAGGCUUCGCGAACUCAAUGUAUCGAUUUCUCAAAUCCCCAAUUCUUCAUCAGGGAAAGGUAACAAUACAGGAUCAAAGAAAGAUGAUAACACAAAAAAGAUUGUUAUAAGCAUUGCUGUUGCAAUUUCUGUGUGUCUAAUGCUCGCUGCUUGUGGCGCCAUUUUUCUGCGAAAACGAAUAAGGAAGAUGCUGCAGAGAAGCUCCGAAUCCUCGGAGGAGAUCAUUGCAGUCGAUUCGCUGCAAUUUGAUUUCGGAAGAAUAUGUAAGGCAACAGAUGGUUUUGCUUAUGCUAACAAGUUGGGAGAAGGAGGAUUCGGGACUGUUUAUAGGGGAAAGCUUUCGAACGGCCAAGAAAUAGCCGUCAAGAAGUUGUUGCGCGGAGCAGGGCAGGGCGACAAGGAGUUCAAAAAUGAAGUCGUGUUGGUGGCUAGGCUUCAGCACAGAAAUCUGAUCCGACUUUUAGGUUUCUCCAUGGAAGGAAAGGAGAGACUUCUUGUGUACGAAUUUGCUCCCAACGCAAGCUUAGAUCAAUUCUUAUUCGACCCGAUCAAAAGUUCCCAAUUGGAUUGGCAGAAGCGGUGUAAGAUCAUAAUAGGGAUUGCAAGAGGACUUCUUUACCUGCACGAAGAUUCUCGACUCAGGAUCAUCCACCGUGAUCUCAAACCUGGAAACAUACUUUUAGAUGGAGAGCUGAAUCCUAAAAUCGCAGAUUUUGGAAUGGCGCGACUAUUUGGGCACGAUGAAACUCAAGCAGAGACAAGAAGGAUUGUAGGAACAUACGGAUAUAUGCCACCUGAAUACGCAUUGCACGGUAAGUUCUCUGUCAAGUCGGAUGUUUUCAGUUUCGGGGUGCUCGUCUUGGAAAUUGUAAGCGGUCGAAAAACUGGAAUAAGGAAUGGAAAUAACGUCGAAGGCCUCUUGAACACUGCGUGGAACCAUUGGCGAGAAGGGACGGCCGAAAAUGUGAUCGAUCCUGUCUUGAAGACUGAAAUCGAUUAUAUUAACGAUAUGCUCAGAUUCAUUCACAUCGGGUUGUUGUGUGUUCAAGAAAGUCCUGCCAGUAGACCGCUGAUGAAUUCAGUUGUGUCGAUGCUGAGCCGCUCUUCAGUAACACUGCCUGCGGCUACGCAGAUUGCAUUUCAUGUUGCAUCGAGUAGCUUUCAUUCUGCACGCAGUCAAGAAAAUGAUUUGAAAUCGAAAGGUAAGACAGAUGCAUCUGAUGCUGGUUCGUCGCAGAAUGAAAUGUCAGCGACUGAUUUGCAUCCUCGAUGAACUUUUCUGGAAAUCAAUCGAUGAACUGAUGAACUCUUUUGGAAGCUAACGAGGAUGCAAAUCAGUAAUGGAUGCAUCAUUUUCAGACAUGUUUUCAUCAAACUGAGCUGCUGUCCUGUCCUUUCCGGAAUCGAAAUAAAAUGCCGGCACAGAAGGCGCGGGCAGUGUAACCGACGCGGCACUGAGCAUCAGGACAACAGAAGCCAUUGUUGGCCUCUUCGACGGAUCUCUUUGGCAACACAACAAACCUAUUCGAAUGCACCUCAGUAUGUCCAUCAUCGAGCCUUCGCUCAACUUCAAGAAAGGAUCCACAGUCUCGACAUUAUUUCCUCGGUGCCAGUUUCUCCAUGCCUGUAGUUGGUUCACAAACUGAUUAGAUAACAUUGCACUUCGAUCCAACACUUUGUAUAGUUGUCGUUUUUCUUUAGUACUUACAAAAUUGACAAUGCCGACUUCA